AUCCAAGGUGUGGGGCAGGCUUCAGACUGACAUAGUGGUACCACUAGGACACGGGCUGGGCAUCAGCAUGUUCUUGCCCACUGAGUCAUAGUAAAAAUUUGAAGCAACGUUUUUCACCCUUGCUCUGAAGAAUGAUCGCAACUUAAAAUGUCAUCUUCCCAUUUGCCUCCCCAGAAUGAUUAAUUCCUCCAGAAAUUGUUGUCUUUUUGCUUAAAAUUUCAGUAUGUGCAGUUUCCCGUGCUCCCAUUUAAAUCCUUAAUAGGUAGCUUGUCGUAGUCAAGAUUAUCUCCUGAAAUAUGUGCUGAACAGCUAAAAUCACCACAACACAUGCAAAAAUGUUACUGAUAUUGUCCUGUGCUGAACAUGACUCAGCCUGCUUCAUUGAGUGGUACAGCUGGGAUAGCAAUUCUUGCUGAAGCUUACCCAACUACACCAACAUUUGUAUAAAAAACACCAAACAUUUGACAUGAACAUGUGCCCAAACUUGACCUUCCAGCAGCUGGCACCCUUCUAUCUUCACCACGAUGUGAAAAAAGACAAAUUUAAUUUGUAAAAACACAGCAAGUUCAUCUUAUUUAGCAAGAAAUACAAAUUGAUAAUGUCUGUGUAUGUCUACAUUUUCCUCAGAUAUGCAACUUCCUCAAAACUCCUAGUCAUACUUAUGGGCCUGCCCCACUUACGCAAUGUUUUCGGCGACUUGCCGGCACUCGUUAUAGUCGCAGCAGUUCGCCGAAAAUUUUCAACAUGUUGAAAAUCCAGCGGUGACCAGAACAAGGUAAGACUCUUUGGGUGACUACUCACGACCAUACAGGCUUCAUCCCACAACAUGUCGCCAGGAUGUCGCCUGUAUGGUCGUGAGUAGUCUCCUAGUAGCCCAGAGUCGUAGCGUCUUUCUGGUCGCCGCUGAAUUUUCCACAUGGUGAACAUUUUCGGCGACCUCCAACGACCUAGGACGGGUACCAGCUGUCGCCAAAAAAGUUGCGUCAGUGGGACAGGCCCAUGAGGCUUUGUGUCCAGUUUAUUAUUGUGUUGAAACCAAACAACUCAUAGUCAAUAAUAUUAGAUUGAUCUCCUCUCUUGUGUCAAUAAUAUUAGAUUGAUAUCCUCUCUUGUGCCUAUGUUAUCUUUCUCUGUACUUCUUUAAAGGAGAGAACAUUGAGUUAUUACAACCCAUCAUUGAAAAGGAGCUCACAAGUGAGUGUAAUUUUCAGCCCAAGAUACGUGGAAGUAUUGCAACAGACGAAUUGCAUUUUGGUGAAGGAUUGCACAGAAAAGCAUUUCGGACAAAAGUUAUUUAUGGCCUCGUACCUCUGUUCGAUCCUGGACACAGCUGUGUCUUAAAAAUUCACACUUCCAUUUCAUAUGGGACCAAAACAAAGAGCGAGAUCAUACAACGGAACUAUAUAUUGGCUGUACAGGAAUGCCAUGUCCAGAACGCUGCUCGGCAAUAUGGCAACAUGUUUUCAGCAGUGGGGACACUAUUAGAAGGCUUCGGGGAAGCACCCGAGAUCAUUCCCAUAUAUCUCAUACAUCGCCCAGCAAACAACAUCCCUUACGCAACCGUAGAAGAGGAAUUAAUAGGGGACUUUGUUAAGUAUUCAGUGAAGGAUGGCAGAGAGCUGAAUGUUGGUAGAAAAGAUUCUGAAGCUGGUCAGAAAUGCUGUACAUUCCAGCACUGGGUAUAUGAAUGGACAGAAGAAAAACUCCUUGUUACUGACUUGCAAGGUGUAGGAAUGAAAUUAACUGAUAUUGGAAUAGCAACUUGCAGCAAAGGGUACAAAGGAUUUAAAGGAAAUUGUUCCAUUUCCUUUAUUGAUCAGUUCCGAGCUCUUCAUCAGUGUAAUACCUACUGUAAAUUGAUGGGUCUGAAAUCUCUGAAGGAAUCACAACUCAAGCCCAAGAGGAAUCCGCCAAUGAAGGCACCACUGUCAAAACCUGCCCCGUGCGCAACAAAGAAAAUGCUGGUGAUCCCACGAAGCACAAUAAGGAACUUCUCAUCUCAGUCAAAGAGCAUAUCAGGAGACAGAACUAUUCCAAAACAUUUACAGCCCUGGAAACAUUGAUGCCUGCUGUCUUAUGAGCCAUAUAUCUUAUAAUAGCUGUUACGUUGUAUUUCAUUGUCACCAAUGAAGCAUUUUGUCAAAUUUAUCAACAAUUAAUUAAAUAAAUGCAAGGGUGACAUUAUUUACCUUAUCAUCCAGUAAGGAACUGUAUGUGAAGGAAGCAAAGUAAUUAAAUACCAUGCUAGCUAUACCUAGCUCCAUACUCCAUUCAGGUGUGCCACGAUGUGAGCAUGAGAUCAGUGAAUGUACAUCCGUCCAGUGUUAAAUAUUAUCACAUCACCGGUAGAUGAACUUCAAGAUGCCGCAAUCUCGAUCUGGUAGAAGGUGAAGUUUCCUUUCAAGCACCCCCAAUAUCUAUCACUUUCACUGCUAUCGGUCUUGUAUAGUUUUAUUGAUUCUAUUAUUUUAGUACAUCUCUGCUCCUGCAAUCUUGUUUUGUUCUGUAUUAUAUACUUCCUCCGCAUCCAGCAAUUUCCCGCAAUGUUGAGAAUUUAAAUUUAUUUUUGCUUGCUCAAAAUGCUGGAAUUCCUCUCUUCCCUCAAAUUGUCCUUCUUCCUCUUUAUUUUAAAACCACAAUAUAGGUUCUGUAUAUAAUCAUUUCAUCCUCCCUUUUAUUUUUAAAUUGCAACCUUAAUCUCUUGAGAUAUGGAACAUAACUUUUCUUAGUUUUAAACAGCGGCAAAGCCAACGCUAUCUAUGACCUAACUUGAAAGAGUUCAACCCAGUCUGUUAGAGACUGAUAGUCAAAAACCCUACAGAUAUUGAAAAUCCAAAAUAUAAAUAAAAAUCUGACAAAGCAUCGUGAUUGCAAAACAUUUACUCUGUUUCUCUUUCCAUAAUUUGCCUGAUCUGUUGAGUGUUUCUAGCAUUUUCUAUUUUUUGUUGUGGUUCUAAAAUUCUCAGUCUAUUUAUGAAUUUUUCAAUAACAGUACAUAAAAAAAGAAAAAAAGUGUUAUAAAAUCCAAACCACCUGCUAUGUUUUUGUGGUGCAUGGUUAUCCCGUUCUUUUCAAAUAAUUGAGUUUAUUUUUUGUUUAUUCGUGAUUGUGAUAUUGCCUAGUGAACUGGUGUCACUUUCAGAUUAAAAUUAAUCACUUACAGCUCUCUUUCAUACACAUAUACCAUUUGACCGAGGCCCUACAUAAUUUUAACAUUCUGUUACCAUGUUGAUUUUUAAAAUAAUGCAUCACAAAAGCUACUUCCUGACCCCCUCUGCAAUAUUGGUUACUUCUUCCCACUCUUUUUUUUGCCAUUAACACCCUAAUACAUUCCAUCCGAAUCCAACACUUAAGAAUUUUCCCUGUUGAUCACUCAUUUUCUACUUUAUCUGAAGGCCAACACAUUCAGAAUUUCACUUGAAUUCAAGACCAGCAGAAAAGCCAUUACAGGGAAAUGCCUGGUUCAAAUUUAAACUUUUUAUUCUUGGACAGCAGUACAGGAAAGGUUUAAUUUGAAAGAUCAUCGAUGGAGUCAGACAGCAUGGAAAUAGACUGUUUGGCUCACCGUGACCCCACUGAUCAUUAAUCUAUUUGCCUUAUAACUAGUUUUAACACGAAUUCAGUGUGCUGCAUUAUGAUAAGGAUCAUAGGAAAAUAUUGUUUAAAAAAAUUGUCAAUUAUCUCGUUUAUGUGUGAAAUAUUCAAUUUUCAAAGUUCCCACCUUUAUUUUGAAAUGCCUGCAUGUCCUCACCUGUCUUUUUCUCUGUUUUAUCCUCCAUCCCCACACCCAUAGAUCUCCAGUUCUGGUCACGAGCAUCCCUACUUCUAAUCACUGCACCAUCAUCGGACAUGCAUUCAUCUUACAAUCCCCUACCCUCUGAAAUCCAAUCUCUGUGGCUCUCUUCUAUUUUCCCUUUAAAUUCUUCAACCAAGCUUGUAGUUGCCUGCACAAGAAUCCAUUAUUGUAUUUUAGUACUAAUGUUUAUUUGAUAAUAGAUAGAAGUGCAUGGAACAUUUUUAUUUGAUAAAGGUGCUGGAUAGAUACAAGACAUUGUUAUUGAUGGUGAAAUAUAUAUUAUAUUCAGUAUUGAACAAUGAACAUAAUAAGUUGAGAAAGUAAAUUAUAUCCGUCAAUACCAUUUCUGGGUUGUUCUCAGAAUUGUAGUCAAUAGAACAAUGUAAUAAACAAUAUGUUAAUCAGUGUUCAGUUUGCCUGCUGCAUCAAUAUUUCAUCAUAAACCUCUAACAUAACCUGGUGCGACACUACUUCAGAAAGAAGGUCCUUGUAACCCCACAGAUUAUGGUCACCAGGCCAUCAUUUCACAGACCAUCUCAGGCUACUUUUCAGAAAGUACCUUUUUCUUAACCCUCACUAACAAAACCAAAUCAACUAAUUUUAUUACAAGACAUUAUAAUAUUCAACACCCUCUCAUGAUAUAGCAGUCUGGUUAUCUUUUAUUAGGCCUAAUUUUUCGUAUGUGCCUUUCUACUCCUGGAAGCAAACUAAUAAGAACCCUGAUGGAAUGAAAUCAAUGGCCAAACAAUGUUUCAUGACAAAUUUCACCCAUUCCCAGUCCCAAUUUUUAACAUUGAAAUAUAAAUUUGAGUGGUCCUGGUGGGUGUAAGAAAUUGAAACUUGAGGAGGCCAAAUGGCCCUUUCAGUCGGCUUUGCCAUCAAAAAAAUAUUGUUUGUUGACCACUUGCUCACCUGCUCUUCAUAUUUUCUGGUGUUUAAUCUAACACUCAGAAAUUAAAUAGAAUGAGUGAUCUUCUACAAACUUUUGGGAAAAUAAAUUCUAAAGAUCCAAAGAAUUUCUUCUCACUAAAUUUAAAAUUUUUUAACUGACUGGUUAGCACGCGACAAACGUUUUUCACUGUACCUCAGUACACGUGACAAUAAACCAAACACAAAUUCUAACCUUGGUACACGUGGCAAUAAACUAAACUAAACUAACUAAAUUCCCCUGAGACUCUGCCUUUUAUUUCAAGAUUUCCCAAUGAGAUGGAACAGUCUCUUCGCAUCUACACUGCCAAACUUUCUCUAAAUCUUGCGUAUCUCAAUUAAGCCAUCUCUCAUUCUUCUGAAUGCCAGUGAGUAUCAGCAAUCUUAACUAAUCUCCCCCCUUCCUGAAAUCAAAAUUUAAUUAAUCAAUACUGCACUACCAUCAAACCAACAAGAUCUGCCUUUUGGCAUGAAGACCGAAACUGCAUACUGCACUGCAAAUGAGAUUUACUUGAAGCUUUAAAAAAAAUUGCACAGGACAUCCUUACUUUUGUACUCCAUCUCUUUUUAAUAACAUUCAACUUAUAAUUCGUUUUUGUUCCUAAUUGCUUAAUAUAUCUUCCAUGUUUACUUUCAAUGAAUGUAGUGUAUUUUGUUAGGCCAACUGAAUGGAUACCAUGAGUAGAAAGAAGAUAGACACAGUGCUAAACUCAGUGGCAAUAAAUGGCAAUAAAAAAUCUGGACAGAAGGAAUGGGUGGCGUUUUAAGUGUCGAGACCCUUCUUCAGACUGAUGUCAAAGGAGAGUGAGGUACAUAGAUAAGGAAGUGUAAGGUUUGAAAAUAGGACAAAGGGAAUGAGGAGGUGUCUCAACCCAAAACAUCACACAUUCUUUCUCUCCAGAGAUGCUGCCUGUCCCGCUGAGUUACUCCAACAUUUUGUGUCUAUCGUCGGUUUAAACCAGCAUCUGCAGUUCCUUUCUACACACCGAUUAGAAUGAGUUCUCUGCCCCUAAAUUGGUAACUCAAAAGUGCCUCCCAAAUGACAUUUACUUACAGGGCUAACAACUUUACUUGUGACUCAAGUUCAGCUCUUUGUGUAGCAGAUGAAUUCAUUCAGAUGUCAAUCAAUACAUCUAUCUUCAUUGUAGUUUUGUGCCCAUAAUAACCACAUUGCAUAUUUUCCAAACAUUUCAAUUGGUUGAGGCUAUUAUUGUA